AUGAAGAUAAACGAGAAAAAUAUGAUGUUAUUUGCAACAUCCGCUACACCUGUAGACAAGGAAGGCUGGUUAAACAAACGAGGAGAACUCAAUAAAGGGUUUCAAAAGAGAUGGUUUGUUUUAAAAGGAAAUAUAUUAUUUUACUUCGAUCGUCGGGGUGACAAAGAACCCGUAGGAAUGAUUGUUCUCGAAGGAUGUACGGUUGAAUUAUCUGAAGAUGAAGAUCAAUAUAGUUUUAAAAUAAUAUUUCAUGGACCAAACAAUCGAAGUUAUGUUCUCGGAUCCGAAUCACAAGAAUCAAUGGAACAGUGGAUGAAAGCACUAGCUUGCGCCAGUUAUGACUAUAUAAAACUCAUGGUAGCGGAACUUCAAAGACAAUUGGACUUGGCUGCAAAAGAAAGCUUGAAAGGUGUCUCGGAAUCUGAAUUACCAAAACCGCCUCCAAGAAUGCGACAUAACCCGUUCAAUAGACCUGAGUUUCAUAAAAGAUCUCAAAGUGUGAAAUCAGCGCCCGGAAGAACAGAAAAUAUUCCUAGAAAUAAAGUUUCAUUUCGAGAACUACAUAAUUCCUAUGGUCGACGAGUACUUGCCGAUAUAAACGAUUGGAGACACCUGAAAAAGUGUGCAGAUAUGCCAUUAAUAUCCCUUUAA